UGGCAAAGCAAAAGGCAGCUGAGUCGUGGGUUUAUAGACAUUACACGCUCCCGCAACCGACUACGUCAGCGGACAUGGACAUCACGGCCCACACCAUAUGAGCCUGCGAGCACUGGUGUUUUGCCCCAUCUCCCCGGUCCCCUCACUCCCUUUUCCACUCCCCCCUGUCCGUAGUCACGUCUCGCUACCUACUAGUAGGUCAAACGCCUUCAACCAAGACAAGCCAAACGUCAGGAACAUGACCUACAAGUCCUCUUACAAUCUCGGGGACUAUCGAAAUAACAACGGCAGCAGCAACGACAUGGAGGAUGCACUACGCGAUCGCGAAGUCCUUCCCUCGUACGAGAGUCUGACGGACCCCCCUGCAGCGACAGGUUCAACACCGCCAGGCACAACGGGAAGUUACGAUGCCAAAAGAAGCGGCCGAGAGUUGGUGCGACAAGGGCGCUCAGGGAUCUUCAACAAAUACUUGAGCGAAGGAAGCGACGAGGGUCAGGGAUGGGCAGUCCUGAGCAUGAGAAUGGUUCCUGACCCCGGAGCACCAUGUUACGGAAAAGCGCCAUGGGCGGCCCUCCUUGAGGUCAAAACCGCUGAUAUGCCCCGCCUGAUGCGCGAAGGCUUUUUUUGGUCGGCCGAGAACAUCAUACCCGAGGAAGGGUACUUUUCCAGAGAGACCAAACCGGGAUGGGUACAAUUCGGGUUCCAUCAUAAACGUACUUGGAUUCUUGCCGACAAGUCCAACGAUAAAACUCUCAGAUGGGUGGGAUUUCUUGAAGUUUUUGCCCACUCACUUGAAAUCCUCCCAAGCUUCCGUGUGCAGAACCUAACGCGGGAGAAUGUGUAUACCGCGAGUGCGUUGAAUGGACUCGGCCAGCUCAUCUACCACUAUACCUACCAAUGUCCCCAAAAGAGUUUCAACUGCAUCUACGACGACAAGCCCCUUCAGGGUUGGUGGCCAUGGCCGAGAGUGGAAGCGAGAUCUACAUCUUCUACUGCACUGGGGUUGGACCGUGGGGGUGAACCAUCUAAACGCCUCUGUGUUUGUGGAUGUCAAUCUUGCCCAUCUCCAAACGAGGCACGGUUUCUCCAACCCAACGAACCUCAAUAUCCUUACCCACAGUCAGGAAGUUGUGUCAUUUUGUAGCGCGGGGAGCUUCCUUAUUUGAGGAGGAAUUGCCCGCAGCGGGGGGGGAUUAUGCUGGAGAGGUUAAGACGAAGGGA